AUGGAUUCAGACGUCAUGUCCGAUCCCGCCUUCAGCCUUGGCGAGGAAUCAGAUGGCUAUGUCCCUGAAAAGAAAACAAAGCCCAAGGCAGCGGCAAUACCUGCCAAAGCCGCAGGGAAAAAACUUACACAAACCACAUUGAAGACGAAAGCGCCAGCUAAACGACCAAAACCCGAGAGCGACGACGAUGAAGACUCCUUCGGCGGCAACUCGUCAGGGUUUUCACAUACCCCGCCGAGUUCCAAGAAGCAGAAGAAGGCACCUCCCCCGAAAAAGUCAGGCGGUGUUCCUCUCGCCGAGGUUGAGAAUGAUAGCAUGAUAAUCGAUGUUCCAGCCAAACCGACGUCCAAAUCAACUAAAACAGCUACCGAAACGUACCAAAAGCUGACUCAACUGGAACACAUCAUCAAGCGACCAGAUACCUACAUUGGAUCAGUCGAGAAAACAGAGCAGCAGAUUUGGGUGUUCAACAAGUUUACAUCGCAGAUGGAGUACAAGACCAUCAGCUUCGUCCCGGGUUUCUACAAAAUCUUUGACGAAAUCAUGGUCAACGCUGCGGAUAACAGUCAGCGUGAGAACAGUGGCAUGACAACCAUGAAAGUCAACAUUAGCCGAGAAAGUGGGGAGAUUAGUGUCGAAAACAAUGGCAAGGGUAUCCCUAUUGAAAUCCACGAAAAGGAGAAGAUUUACAUUCCUGAGCUGAUCUUUGGUCAUCUCCUGGCUGGAUCCAACUUUGAUGACAACGAGAAGAAGACCGUCGGUGGACGUAACGGUUAUGGUGCCAAGCUUUGCAAUGUCUUCAGCACACAAUUCACCCUUGAAUGCCAAGAUAGUGCGAAUGGCAAGAGAUACAAGCAAACCUGGACGGACAACAUGCAGAAGAUGCAAAAGGCUAAGAUCACAUCAAGCAAAUCUGCCGACUUUGUUCGUAUAACCUUCAAGCCAGACUAUAACCGCUUCGGGAUGCCUGAGGGCAUUGAUGACGAUCUAGAGGCUCUCCUUUUCCGUCGAGUGUACGACAUGGCGGGAACACUUCGUCGUGUCAAAGUUCACCUGAAUGGCGAACAAAUUAAAAUCAAAGAUUUCAAGGCCUACUGUGAUCUCUACGCCAAGUCUAUAGCUGCUGAAAGGACAGCAGAGGAAGGCGGUACACCCACUUGCACCGUCGAGAUCGACAAGGAGAAGACUCAUCCUCGAUGGGAAGUUGGAUUCACAGUAUCUGACGGAACCUUUCAACAAGUGUCGUUUGUCAACUCGAUUGCAACCACUACUGGCGGCACGCAUGUCAAUUACAUUGCGGACCAGAUCACAUCUUCGCUUUUAAAAGCCCUGGACAAGAAGAAGAAGGGCCACAGCCUCAAGCAGAGUCAUCUCAGAAACCACAUUUUCAUCUUUGUCAACUGCUUGAUUGAUAACCCAGCUUUCACCUCUCAAACCAAGGAGCAAAUGACAACCAAAAUGAGCCAGUUCGGUAGCAAAUGCAAUCUCGGCGAUACAUUUCUCAAGGCAAUUGCCAAAUCCGAUGCUAUCGAAAAUAUCAUGGAUUUUGCGCAAAAGAAAGCCGACAAGAUGUUAUCCAAGAGUGACGGAAGCAAGCGAGCAAGAGUCAGCAAUGCUAAGCUUGUCGAAGCUAACUUGGCAGGGACUCGUCAUGGCCAUCUGUGCACCCUCAUUCUGACGGAGGGUGACUCCGCCAAAGGUUUGGCAGUCUCUGGAAGAGCCAUUCUUGAUCCGGAUAAAAUCGGUGUUUUCCCCCUGCGUGGCAAGCUUCUCAAUGUUCGAGACGCAUCACUGGAUCAAAUCACCAAGAACCAAGAAAUUCAAAACAUUAAACAGUUCUUGGGCCUAAAGCACAAACAAGUGUACACAGAUACCAAGAGUCUCCGUUAUGGCCACCUCAUGAUCAUGACUGAUCAGGAUCAUGAUGGUAGUCACAUUAAAGGUCUUCUCAUCAACUUUCUGCAAGUUCAGUUUCCCUCGUUACUGAAGAUCCCAAAGUUCCUCCAGGAGUUCAUCACGCCAAUUGUAAAGGUGUGGCAAGGCCCAGACCCAAAGAAACCGUUGAGACUGAAGUCUUUUUUUACUCAGCCGCAGUACGAGGAGUGGAAAGAUGCUCACAAGACAGAGUUAUCAAGAUGGCAUUCCAAGUACUUCAAGGGUUUGGGAACAAGUUCCAACGAAGAUGCCCAAGUGUACUUCACUGACCUUGAUAAUCAUUUGAAGGAGUUCCAAGUCAUGAAGUCGGAAGAAGCUGACCUUUUCGAUCUUGUCUUUUCAAAGAAGAAGGCGGAUGCCCGAAAGGAAUGGCUCGGUAAUUUCAUUCCGGGAACCUUCCUGGAUCACACCACGAAGGAAAUUGCCUACUCAGACUUCGUGGGCAAGGAGCUGAUUCUCUUCAGUAUGGCUGACAAUAUGCGUUCUAUACCGUCUGUCAUUGACGGGUUGAAACCUGGCCAACGUAAAGUACUGUACGCUUGCUUCAAAAGAAAUUUGACCAAGGACAAGAAGGUGGUGGAACUUGCUGGUUAUGUCUCUGAGCAGACGGCGUAUCACCAUGGCGAAGCCUCUCUGCAACAGACUAUCAUUGGUUUGGCACAGAACUUUGUCGGCUCCAACAACAUCAACAUUCUGGAACCUAGCGGUAACUUUGGUUCUCGCCUUGCUGGUGGCUCUGAUGCAGCCAGUCCUCGAUAUACCUUCACGCGAUUGGCUCCAUUUGCAAAGAAGAUCUUCUCGCCGCUGGACGAGGCCAGCCUCAAACACCAAUACGAGGACGGCAAGCGAAUUGAGCCCGAAGUGUAUUCGCCGAUCAUCCCCAUGGUGCUUGUGAAUGGCGCCGACGGUAUUGGAACCGGAUGGAGUACAACCAUUCCUAAUUAUCAUCCCCAGGAUAUUGUCAAGAACUUGAAGCGCCGCAUGGGUCGACUAGAUGAGGACGACUCUGAAGAAAAGCCAUUUGAGACAAUGACCCCUUGGUUCAGAGGUUGGAAAGGCAAUCCUGAAGCCGCUGGUCCAGAUAGAUAUAAAUUCAACGGCAUCGCAUACCAGAAUGACCAGAACCCCAACGAAAUCGUCAUCACGGAGUUACCGAUCCGAAUGUGGACUGAUGACUUCAAGGGGAAGCUCGAGAAAGUCAUCAGCGGCGUUGAUGGUCCCACCUGGAUCAAGGACUACAAGGAAUUCAACGACCACAAGACAGUCCAUUUUGAGAUCAUGGUCGACGAGAAACACUUGCCCAAGAUCCUCGAAGAGGGCCUGCUUGAGCGCUUCAAGCUUACCAAGCAGGUUGCUACGUCAAAUUUGGUCGCGUUUGACACGAGGGGUCAGAUCCGGAAGUAUGAGAAGGUUGAAGACAUUUUGGAGGAAUACUACAUUCACAGACUCGACAUGUAUUCUGACCGAAAACAAUACUGGCUCGAUGUACUUCAUUCCGAUUUCCGGAAACUGUCACAGCAGUAUAAAUUCGUCAAGGCAAUCAUUGAUGGAGAGUUGAUUGUGGGUAAGAAGAAGAAGUCUGUACUUGUGACGGAACUUCGCGCCCGCGGGUAUGACGCAUUCCCGCCAGGUGGCCAGAAGCAAAAGACGACAGAAGACGAACUUGCCAACUCCGAGAAUGAAAAUGAUGACGGUGAUGACGAUAAGGAAACAACUGCAGGUGCCCGUGACUAUGAUUACCUUUUGUCGAUGCCAAUUUGGUCUCUCACUGAAGAAAGACUUGCGAAAUUGAAGGAAGCUAUUGCUAAGAAGAGGAAAGAGCAUGACGAGCUCGAGGCCAAGAGUGAAAAGGAUCUGUGGUGCGCGGAUCUGGAUGACUUCAUGGCUGAGUGGAACGCUCAGAUUGCUCUUGAAGAAGAACUUCAGACCAAGAUCCGCCGUAUGGGGCGACGCGUGUCCAAGAAGAUUGGUGCGGGUCGCGGCCGCAAGGGGAAGGACGAUGACGACUAUGAGCCGGACAAGAAACCCCGAGGCAAAGGCAAAGCUGCAGCAGCAAAAGCAGCAGUCAAGCCCAAGGUUGAGACGAAGAGCGCCCAAAGAUUCAUUGAAAUGCUUAGUUCAAAGACAAAGAAGGAACCAAAGGACGACGUUAUGGACUUGUCUGAUAACUUCUCUGAUGAUGACUUUGCGACCUUGAGCAGGAAUAAGCCUGCUGCCUCCAAAGUGACGGAGCUGUCUCAAUCCCAAUCUGCUUCGCAGUCUCAAUCAGAGGAACCAGAAGUUGUUCGUCCGACGAAGAGAGCAGCCGCUUCGAAAGCCAAGACGUUGUUCGAGGUCUCAUCUGACAGUGAGGUAGAAGACAUGGAAAUGAUAGGGGACAUUGGCUCUAUGGUGAAAGGAAUUGGCAAGCCUGCCGGUGAUACCAGCGGACGACUGAGCUUAUAUGCCAUGAACCGGCCAGAGUCUAGCCAGGGCAAUAGCGGCUCCAGCGGCCUGCAAAAGCUGAAAACAAAGCCAUCCAAAUCUUCCAUGGACAUUGACAGCCAUGAUGAGACCAACUAUGAGCUGCUAGCCAAGUCCUCGCCACACAAAAUCAAGGACGAGGUGGAUGAUGCUGGUGGUCAGGACUCUGAUGAUGAACUGGGAGCAGGUCCCGCCCCGUCAAACACUGAUAGCGGCCUGGUUGCGGUCAAGAAGGCUCGGGCCAAGCCCACGGUUUCCAAGGCGAAAGCCAAACCAGAACCCAAGGCGAAGGCAAAGGCCGCAGCUGCGCCAAAGCAAACGACGCUUUCUCCUGCUGCCAAGGCUUAUGCGGCUAGAAAGAAAGUCAUUGGUGUUAAGAAGAUUGCUCUAGAAGGCUCAGACGACGAGAUGGCUGACCCCCCAUCACCUGUAUCAAAACCCAAGCCGGCAGCUCGUGGCAGACCUGGUCGAGCUGCUGCGGCGAAACGGCCAGUCAUUGUCGACGAAGAUUCAUCGUUGAUGCAGGAUGAGAGCGACGACCCAUUCGAGAUGGAUGAUGAUUAA